UUGCCAAAUGAUAAAGGUUUCAAUGAUGGUCGCGAAGCACGAGCCGACAGGAACGAGAGGAAUCGUGAUAAGGAUUCAUCUGAUUUGCCGUCAUCGGAAGUUCGCGGCCGGCAAAUUUCGGAUGAUGGACGUAUUUCUGACAGGGAUAGGAAUUCGGAGCGUCCCAAUCGGGAGGUGUCUAUGGUGCAACAACAUAAGGAUGAUCGCAGGAGGGGCGCUUACGAUAGGGAUCCCCGUGAAAGGCUACGUGAUGAGCGCUACAACCGUAUAACUGCCUCUGAAAAGGACCACAGGGACCACAGGUCACACGAUUUCGAUCGUGAAAGACGUGAACGUGAACGUCAAGAGCGAUAUAAUAAAAGCGUGAUGGAGGAUAAGGCUAAUUCGGAUGUUCCCCGUAGACUUGAAAGAGAUCGUACCGCGCCCGAGCACGAACGUCCUCGUGGAUCGCAUGGUAGUCCCACUCAAACUGCAGAAACUUCUUCGAAUAGCACUGCUCGUGGUGGCGCCAGUCGAUCGUCCAGUACUUCGGACAAGGAGAAAAUGGGUGCAAGGAGAAGUCGAUCACUUGAAAGGAUCAAGAAAGAUGAUCAGGCAAAGGAUCGACCACAUGAUUCCCAACGUGAUCGAGAAUACGAUUCAAGAACCACUUCAAAUAUUCCCAAGGACCGCGAACAGGAUUUAUUGAGGACACGAGAUUCCGCAAAGAAUCGGGAACCGAGACCUCACGAUGAAAUGUCAAAGGACGGUGAAACAUCCUCAACAAGAGAUAAGCUGGAUGUGGGCAAAAAUCACGAACGCGAUUCAACGAACACUCGUAAAGUUGACGAAAAAGAAGCCGCAUUUCGUAGGUUAGAUGAAAGGACAUUGUCUACCAAUCGCAGGCCCGAGGAUCACCGUCCUGCGUCUUCGACUUCGGACAGAAGUGUCCGUGAGCAUCCGCUCAGGGAUCGCGAAAAGGAUUCGCAUUAUCAAAGAGGGACUUCGCAGAGGCUAAGGAUUGACUCGCUCAGGAGAGAUGAACGACCAUCUAACAUACGCCCCAAAGAUCCUUUAGGUGAUCCCGCCUAUCAAGACAUUCGUGACCGGGACAGCGAUCCUAGACAGAAGGGCGUUCAAUCCACCAUCACCCAGUCUGAGCUUGAUCGAGCCGAGAAGAGGAAGAGGGAGGAAGCGGAGAUGAGCGAUCGCAAACCAUAUUAUGACAGGGAUCAACGUGGCGACGAUAUUUCUUCGAGUCAACGUCCACCUGACUAUCGCAUUAGAGAUCGUCAGCAGGACGAAUUUCCGUUGAAAGAUGCAAUGCGAGUUGGGUUGGUCAGAGAUCAAGAACGAGAGCUAACAAAUCGCAAAGAUGAUCGCGACCGUCCUUUGCACGAACGUCCGAGUGCUCUCCCCGAUCUCUACAGACCAUCUUCGGAUCAUCAUACCCGAGAACCUGAUCGACGACCACCAAUCCGGGACUUCGAAAGGGACUAUCGUAUCCGGGAUAUGCGUGGUGAAAUCCCCGGAGUUGAUAGAUACCGCGUCGACUAUUCUCGCGAUAAUCAUCAAGGUCGAGAACGAUUGCCUGACAAUAUAAUAGAUCGGAGACCGUCGUGGGAGUUGGAGAGGGGAAAGGAUUAUCACACGCCGGGAACUUUUAUUGACAAGGAUCUGAACGAUAAUCGAAGGGAGAGGACCCGUGAAAGCGAGUUUGAGAGUCGAGGAAACUCGGUCGAAAAAGCGGAUCCACACAAACAAUCAUACGAUCGUCUUCAAUCCGACCGUAGGAUGUCAAGGAAUGAUGUUGAUCAAGUAAAUCGAACCCUCAAAUUGGAAUCUGUCCGCCGUGUUGACAAUGAAAGGAUUCCCCCAUCUGUGAAUGAAAAGAGCAACGACAUUCAAUCAAAGGAAGGCAAUUCGGAUCUGGCUUUACCCAAAGGCGAAGAUGAAUUACCAUACCCGUGGAAAAGGUGCGUUUCAAGUAAAAACAAGGUAUAUUACUUUAACACCGAAACUCGCAUGAGUCAUUGGAACUAUCCUAAUGAUGAUAAUGGCAAGAAGUCGACAACUGAUGGUGUGGGCAAUGAGGACGGCAAGAAUACCGAUUGUGAACCCUUUCACAAGGAUGAUAACAAUGACGUCGAUGCUCCCCGCAAGAGAUUACGCCCCGAUGAACACAAAACAGAGAGAAUGAUAAUUCCCGAGAAUCGAAGAGAUACAAACGGUGAAAGAUCGAUCGGCCCUGAUGAACAAUCGACGCUUAGCAACACUUCUUCCAGCAGAGACUUACCUUCAAGAGAUUCUGAACCAUCAAUCAGAAGAGCUCGCAGCAACACUGUAAACAAUGUUACCACCACACCUCCACAGUCUUCACCUCCGAUUCGUUCUCCUAAUUCGACGUUUUGCGAUCGCCGGUAUAGCACUGAUUAUGAAUUAUCUGGCGGAUCGAGAAGAGGUGGACCUUAUGUCGGUCCACCACAAUUACAAUCCCCCUCCUCAUCAUUACGAAAUCCUCUAGGCCGUGCUCCCCCCUCGGAAUUUUAUGACCAUAAUGACGUCUUUCGUCACGACGACUUCAGAGGUCCAGGUGGAAUUAUGGAUAUGCGCAUGGGUGGGGGAAUGAUGAUGCCACAAAUGACUACCAAUAGUCGUUCAGGUCGAUUCGCUCCAAAUCACACAUUUGGAAUCGAUCAGGGGUCAUUGCCGGGAGCUCGCAGGAUGUCUUCGGUUGGACGUGGUGGUCCGUCAUCAACGCAUUUUCCGUCUCAAUAUCGAAAGGGGUCGUCUCUUGAAGACGAACGAUCUGCGUACGCUGUUGAAGAAGUUCACAUGGGUUUUCCGAAUGAUGUCGAAAAUGAAAUGGGGCCAAAUUCAUCACAUCGAUUCAGUGGCGAUCCACAUAAUUCCGACGAGAUUGGUAAUAGGCAUGCUAUGAGUAACGAAAGACUACACCCUACUGGAUCGCGACAUACUGGGGAAUUCAGGAUGGAAAAGGUUGAAUCCAGUAAUCCUGCUGUGGCGGUCAUGGAAUCAGAUGAAGAAGCUUGGCGCACGGACGAUGAAAUGGUCGAUUUCGGACUUGCCGACACAGAGCCGCAAUCCCUUUUGCUUCAUCAUCCGGUUCCUUAUAACCCAUAUUCUCAGCCUCUCCCUGACGACGAAAUCAUUCGACGCCAGGUUGCUCCCGUAUGGAAUCACAUUACUUCUAGUGUCGCGGGAGAUGAGCUCUUCCAACAAUUUGAACAUAUCAUGAAUAACAACGGUAAUUCUCGAAAGAGAAAGCGUGAAAUGAGAAUAUUAAAUUCGAGAAAGGAGUUUGAGCAGAGAAGAGUAAUGUAUGGCGGGAAGAGAAUGUACAGAUACAAGCAUCUGUUUGCAACACCCCGUCACCUACCCAAAACCGCUUACCCGGAUUAUUUUGUAUAUCCAAAACUUGCAACUGAAAUUUCAGAUGAACUUUUCCAAUCGUGCAUAGAAAUUUAUCAGUGCAACAACGAGAACACCACGCAGGGCAAUUUUGGCGUAGCAGUUAACGUCGAAGAUCAUCCCGAGAACAAGCUAAACCGCCGUCAGAUUGAGGAAGAUGCAGAAAACGAGGCGAUUGAAGAAAUAUCGACGACGGCCGAAGAUAAUAGGGUCAAGGAGGCCAUCAAGUUUCUCACGCGGUUUAAUUUGGAAAAAGUCGUUUCAGAACAGGCAAUCAGUUCACAUUUUCUUCCACCUUCAUCAUCAAAUUCGACAUUAUUGACGGUUAAAGCUUCACCAACCGAUCCAGCAAAGUACCGUACCGAUCGCCCCAUAUUAAUAGUCAGUAGUACCAGCUGGACUGCUGAUGAAGAUUUUUCAAUGUUGUUACAGGCCGCACAAAUAUGCGAUCAAUUUGCAGUGAAAUGCUCCGAAAAGAAUUCGAAAAAAUUCCCGAAACUUCUUUUUGCGAUUUCCGGGGAAGGGCCCCUAAAAGCGAAAUAUGUAGAAAAGAUAAGUAAAAUGUCUAUGGAUCAUGUCAGAAUUGUGACCACUUGGCUGCCUGCCGAAGAUUAUCCUUUGUUAUUGGGUUCUGCCGAUUUGGGACUUUGCUUUCACACAUCCUCUUCGGGAAUGGACUUACCUAUGAAGAUUGUUGAUAUGUUUGGGUGCGGACUACCAGUCUGUGCGGUCGGAUUCGAAUGCUAA